AUGAGAGCCACUGACCCAGAGCCGCCUAGUCUUACGACAGUAUUAUACCAAGGCUAUCUAAACCUCGUUCUUAGGGACCAUGGGAAUGAAGAGUUCCCUGAGACUAUGCUGAUGGAUAAGGCACGACUGCAGGCCAUGAGGUCCAAAUUACACCACUUGACGAUUCUUGCUUCCGUUUUACUUGUUGCAAGAAGUUUCUGUUGUGGUGUUUUAUUCAGUUCACCGGAUUUUGUGGAAAAACUGAAGAGCAUAACCAAGGAUCUAACAAAAGAAUUUAGCUCCAAGCCAGAAGAGUCUAUGCUCAGUGUCAGUGAUCAGAUAUCUCAGGAAAUCCAUCAGGGGCUCAAGGACACCGGCCUCGCUGUUCUGAGCAGUGAAAACAGGGCAUCACUUGUAGGUCAACUCCGGAACAUUGCCAAGAAGGAGAACUGCAUUCGUACCAUCAUUAAACAACGGAUACAUUUGUUUCUUAAAUGCUGUUUGAUUCAUGGAAUGAGGGAAUCUCUUCUAGACUUCCCUGGAGGACUUCUUUUCAUUGAGCCAGAGUUGGCAGAACUAGGGUGGAAGUUUGUCAAUCUGAUGCAUUACAACCAGCAUGUAUUUAGUCCAUACUAUGCUGAGAUCCUAAAAAAUAUCAUCUCUCCACCAAAUGCGGAAAAAAAUGAAGAAAAACCUGUCUGAUAAUGCUGGUCCCUAGUCCUGGCAUGAGGAAUCUGAAGAGAGGACUCAUCAUACUCCCAGAAUAACAUCAUCUGUCACCAACAAUUACAAGCAGCCCUCAUCCUC